GCCGCGCGGCUCUGAGGUGAGUGUUCGGGUAGCCGGGCUGAAUGCCGGGAGGAGGCUGUUUGGGCCCCCCUCGGUCUCCCCGGGCGACCGCGGUCCCGGGCGCCUAGACGCCGGCCGCCGUGAUGGAGCCCAUCUGCGCGGGCAGCCGGAAGCCGCGUCUCGGUCGGGCGCGCACCUUCUUCCGGCCGGCGCACCUGUGGUCGGAAGUGACGUUACGCAGGCCCGCGACCACCCCUGUCUGACGGUUUUCUGCCGCUCAUCAGUCUCCCGGACUUCGAAGCAGGACCCCGCGUGCAGGAGGAUGCCAAAUAAUGGAACCCCCCACUCAAGUCCAGCCCAGGAGCAAGACUGUCCUCAAAGUCAGUGUGUUGGCAAUAAUGAAGAAAUGGUAAUCAAGCAAGAAAAUGGUGUGGCAGCGGUGGCGGCGUGCCCGCCCUCCUGUCCCUCCGAUCUCGGACCACCCACUUGCAUCGAGGAGGGUGGGCUGGAAGCUGCCAGGAGAGAGCCAGCCCUGCUGCGCAUCGACAGGCACCAGAUCCCGGCGGUGGAGCCAAGCGCACAGGCCCUUGAGCUGCAGGGCUUGGGGGUGGACGUCUACGACCAGGAGGUGCUAGAGCGAGGUGUGCUGCAGCAGGUGGGUGAUGCCAUCCACGAGGCCCGCCGCUCGGCCCAGCUCGCCGACGCCGAGAAGGAGUAUGGGUCGGUGCUGGAUGACCUCACGUCAUGUAUGACAUCUCUAAGGCAAAUCAAUAAAAUUAUCGAACAACUUAGCCCUCAAGCUACCAUCAACAGAGCCGUCAACAGGAAACUAGAUUCUGUAAAACGACAGAAGUAUAAUAAGGAACAACAGCUAAAGAAGAUCACAGCCAAACAAAAGCGUCUUCAGGCCAUCCUUGGAGGGGCGGAGGUCAGAGUUGAACUAGAACAUGCCCAUCUGGAGGAGGACGCAGAACCGGGGCCGUCCUGCCUGGGCAGCACGCUCAUGCCCGUUCAGGAGGCCACGUGGGAAGAGCUCAUCCGCACUGGCCAGAUGACGCCUUUCGGUACCCAAAUCCCUCAGAAGCAGGAGAGAAAGCCCAGAAAACUGGUGCUCGACGAGGCAUCGGGCUUUGAAAAGUACUUAGCAGAUCAAGCAAAGCUGUCUUUUGAAAGGAAGAAGCAAGCAGGGAAGAAAAGAGCGGCUAGGAAAGCUCUGGCCUCGGCCACCUCUCAGCUGAGCCCAGCACAGAAGGAAAACAAACAAAACAAGGGCAGUGACAGCCUCUCCAAAACAGACAAGCGCUUGAAGAAGCACAUCAAGAAACUCCAGAGGAGGGCGCUUCAGUUCCAGGGGAAGGUGGGAUUGCCAAAAGGAAAGCUGCCUUUGCAGGCAGAGGGGAGACCAGAGAGGGGAGAGGGCGACUCUGGAAGUGAAGAGUCCGAGUAUUUGCCUCCAGAGGAGGAGAAGGAAGAGGCGGACCUGUCCGAGGACGGUACCGAUUGCGAACUGAGACCUUUGCCCAGAGGUGGGAAACGGCAGAAGAAAGUUCCAGCGCAGGAGAUUGGCGAUGACUUUUUCCCAAGUUCUGGAGAAGAAGCAGAAGCCCCAGAAGGAAGAGCGGGUCGGAAAAUAGUGAGAUGCCGAGAUGACGGCGAUGAAGACUAUUACAAACAGCGGCUGAGGAAAUGGGAUAAACUGAGACUGAAGGACAAAGAAAAGAACCUAAAGCUUGAAGACGAAUCUGAGGAAAGUGACACUGAAUUUGAUGAAGGUUUUAAAAUACCGGGUUUUCUGUUCAGAAAGCUUUUUAAGUACCAGCAGACAGGUGUUCGGUGGCUGUGGGAAUUGCACUGCCAGCAGGCAGGAGGGAUUCUGGGAGACGAGAUGGGAUUGGGCAAGACCAUCCAGAUAAUUGCCUUCUUGGCAGGUCUGAGCUACAGCAAGAUCAGGACUCGUGGUUCAAAUUACAGGUUUGAGGGGCUGGGUCCAUCCAUCAUUGUCUGUCCAACGACAGUGAUGCAUCAGUGGGUGAAAGAGCUGCACACGUGGUGGCCUCCGUUCAGAGUGGCCGUCCUGCACGAUACCGGUUCCUAUGCCCACAGAAAGGAGAAACUAAUUCAAGAGAUUGCUCACUGUCAUGGGAUUUUGAUCACUUCUUAUUCCUACAUCCGACUGAUGCAAGAUGACAUCAGCAGGCACGACUGGCAUUAUGUGAUCUUGGAUGAAGGACACAAAAUUCGAAACCCGAAUGCUGCCAUUACCCUUGCUUGCAAGCAGUUCCGCACCCCUCAUCGCCUCAUCCUGUCUGGAUCACCGAUGCAGAAUAACCUCCGGGAGCUGUGGUCGCUCUUCGACUUUGUCUUCCCGGGAAAGCUAGGCACACUGCCAGUGUUCAUGGAGCAGUUUUCCGUGCCCAUCACCAUGGGCGGGUACUCAAACGCUUCCCCAGUGCAGGUUAAAACUGCUUAUAAGUGUGCAUGUGUCUUACGAGACACCAUAAAUCCAUACCUACUGCGGAGAAUGAAGUCAGAUGUCAAAAUGAGCGUUUCUCUACCAGAUAAAAAUGAACAGGUCUUAUUUUGCCGCCUUACAGACGAGCAGCAUAAAGUCUACCAAAACUUCAUUGACUCCAAAGAGGUUUACGGGAUCCUCAAUGGGGAGAUGCAGAUUUUCUCUGGACUUGUGGCUCUAAGAAAAAUAUGCAACCACCCGGACCUCUUUUCUGGAGGUCCCAGGAAUCUCACAGGCGCUGCGGAUCAGGAACUGGAAGAAAAUCAGUUUGGAUACUGGAAACGUUCCGGGAAAAUGAUAGUUGUUGAGUCCCUGUUGAAAAUAUGGCACAAGCAAGGCCAACGAGUAUUGCUCUUUUCUCAGUCAAAGCAGAUGCUGGACAUACUUGAAGUGUUCCUUAGAGCCCAAAACUACUCCUAUCUCAAGAUGGACGGGACCACCACAAUCGCUUCAAGACAACCUCUGAUUACAAGAUACAAUGAGGACACGUCCGUGUUCGUGUUUCUUCUGACCACUCGGGUGGGAGGCAUUGGAGUCAACCUGACCGGGGCCAACCGAGUCAUCAUCUACGACCCCGACUGGAAUCCCAGCACUGACACGCAGGCCCGGGAGCGAGCGUGGCGAAUAGGCCAGAAGAAGCAGGUGACCGUGUACAGGCUUCUGACCGCGGGCACCAUUGAAGAAAAGAUCUACCACCGACAAAUCUUCAAGCAGUUUUUAACAAAUAGAGUGCUAAAAGAUCCAAAACAACGGCGGUUUUUCAAAUCCAAUGAUCUUUAUGAGCUAUUUACUCUGACUAGUCCUGAUGUAUCCCAGAGUACCGAGACAAGUGCCAUCUUUGCAGGAACUGGUUCGGAUGUUCAGACACCCAAACGCCAUUUAAAAAGAAAAACCCAACCAGCCUUCGGAGCAGACCCUGAUGUUCCAAAGUGCAAAACGAUGUCUGAUCCUGAUACAUCCGCAAAUGAUGUGACAUCAUCUGAAGAUAAACCUAAACCUACAGGAGAUGAAGUAAAUGCAGUAACUUCUAAUCAAAGCAAUGCUUUGAAAGAUGAUCCUCAAUCCAGUAGUGAUCUUACAGUUAGCAGCAUCCUCGUAGAUGAGAAAUGUUUGCAGGCACAUGCAGUGUCCAGACUAGAGGGUUCAUCAAUGAUUACUGGAAAUGGGAAAUGUUCAAAUUCUCCAAGAAUCAGUGAAACACAUGCAGCAUCUGGUGAGGAAAGUAUUAUUGAUGAAAAGCAAGAGCUUUCUCAUAAAAGAGAAAGCUGCCAGGUUCUAACAGAAUCUAUUUCAGAGAAUGAACAUGGAGAAAAUAAUUGUUAUAAACACAAAUCAAAAACAAAGCAUCGUAGUGUGGCAUCAAAAGAGACCCUGGAGAAGCAGCCAACCCAGAAGCAAAAAUCUAAGAACUCCACACAUCGUAGAGACGCCAAGUUUGAAGGAACUCGAAUUCCACAUCUAGUGAAGAAGAGGCGGUACCGGAAGCCAGACAACGAAAACGAAAGUGAAGCAAAGGAACAGAACAAUGAUGAUUAUGUUUUGGAAAAGCUUUUCAGAAAAUCAGUCGGUGUGCACAGUGUCAUGAAGCACGAUGUCAUCAUGGAUGGCGCCAAUCCCGAUUUUGUGCUGGUGGAAGCAGAAGCCAACCGAGUGGCCCAGGACGCCCUGAAAGCGCUGAGACUCUCCCGCCAGCGGUGCCUGGGGGCCACAUCUGGGGUCCCGACCUGGACUGGCCAGCGGGGACUUUCUGGCACCUCAGCUGGAAUAAAGAGUAGAUUUGGUCAGAAAAGGAAUUCUAACUUCUCUGUUCAGCCACCUCCUUCAACAUCUCCAAAAGAAAAAUGCCAGGGCAGCGUAGUGAAGAAAGAGGGGAGAGAGAAUGUGCCAGAGCAUUUUAGUGGAAAAGCAGAAGAUGCAGACUCUUCGUCUGGGGCCCCCACUUCGUCCUCACUCUUGGCUAAAAUGAGAGCUAGAAACCACCUGAUUUUGCCAGAGCGGUUAGAGAGUGAAAACGCACACCUUCCAGAGGCUUCCAGGCCACCGCCCGCCACGACGGAGCACGAUGAUCUCCUGGUAGAAAUGAGAAACUUCAUUGCUUUUCAGGCCCAGGUCGACGGCCAGGCCAGCACUCGGGAGAUACUGCAGGAGUUCGAAUUCAAGCUAUCAGCAUCACAGUCCUGUGUAUUUCGAGAACUACUGAGAAAUCUUUGCACUUUUCAUAGGACUUCAAGUGGUGAAGGAAUGUGGAAACUCAAGCCAGAGUACUGCUGAUCAGCAUUGUUUCCUAAAACUUUGAAUCAACUUUUUAUAGUGGGAAUUUCUGAUUGUUAAUCUUAUGAUUAAUAAUCAUAUUUUUAUCGAGAGAAGUUGGAUGCACUUAAUGGUGACUUUGAAUGGUGUCUACCUCAUGAUUAAAACUUGAAAAAAGAAGAAACUCUUCCCCAAAGCUUCAGAGUUUUAAUAAUGCUAACUAAAGGAGAAAAUCCUGGGAUUGAUCUUUUCUUUGUUUAGGGCACUAUGAAUUAUGUUAUUAAUCAGGGACCUAGCAGUUACUUCUUGGGGCACAUUUGUUCUUUAUCCAGAGAAGGCUAUCAGGGAGUUCAUAACCUCUCAUUUAGAAGUUUGGGUAACAGAAAUUCGGGAUUUUUUUUAAUUGGUGCUAAAAACAUGUCAUAUAUUUUGUGUGACCUGUUCAACAAACUAGUUCAUCAGUAUCUGACAGCAAUAUUAUUUUGAUGCGUAACUUUUAAAGGUUUCAGUUUAUCAUUUGCCACCAAGAAAAAUUAAAGAAUGAAAUAGCAUGGUAAUACAUGAUAAGACAUGCAUUUGACACGAAGUUGUAGUGUAUUCAGUUGACACUAGCUGUGCUUUAAACAGAGGACGUCUAUUGUUCUCCCUGCAAUAACUGUUGGUUUUAAGAAAAUGAAAUGUCUUCUCAUAAAAUAAAAAAAAAUUCAAGCAGAACCAAAAAGUACAAAUCAAACAACACACACACACGCACACAGUCAUCACUCUAGAAUCUACACUCCAUAAAUAACCAUUCCUUUCUCGCUUUUUAAAUGCUGAUAGAUAUCUUCAAAUGUUUCCUAUUUUGUUCAGUUUGCUUUGCUAAAGGUGCUGGUUAUUUUAUAUUAGAACAUCAUUGUUCUCCUUAUAUAAUUGCUUUCCUCUCUUGUUCCUGUUUUGGUGGCUUGGGUUUUGGCUGUGUCUGUUCUGUUUCGGCUGGACUUCAUAUAUUUUCAGUUUUGUGAUGGUGCUGUUUGGGUCCUCAGUCUGUUUUUCUCAUUUCCUUCUCCUUGUCAUUUAUCAUGUCAUCUUUGAGAUGUUUUCUUCAUGAGACAUUUUGUUUGGUUCUAGGAUUAUGCUUUCUCUUGCUUGCCAUCUUUUCUCUCUCUCUCUCUCUUUUUUUUUUUUUUUUUUUUUGCCCUGUAUUAUGUUUGCCUUUAUCCCAUGCCAUUUCUUUAUACCUUAAAGUAGGCAGCUGGGUCCUGAUCUUUUCUUUGCUCUGCUCUGCGACCUGGAGAGAAGGGGCCUGGGCUGGGGCUGGGGAAGAGCCCCUGCUGGAGCUGCAUGCAGCUUUCUUUGGAGGACAUUGGGCUUGACUUCCUCUGUUCUGAGAGUUUGUUAAACCGCUUCUGCCAAGAAUCAUUCCCCAUAGACAGAGAUGUGUCCUACUGAGGAUUCAUGAUUCCCACCAGAAUUUUGUUUGUAAUUUUGGAUCCUGGCUUGUUCAUUUUUUUUCUGUUUUUAGUUUGUUUUAUUAUACAUUAAGAGAGGCAGAUUCUUUUUCUCCCCUCUGCCAUCAUUUUAAACAGUUCAGUAGAUAAUCCUAUACCUGAAUAGUUGGUUGAGAAGGAAGUCAAAGCUGACGAUGACUGUUUUGUUUCUGGGAAGUUCUUUAUUUUUAUUUUUGUAAUCCUUAGCCUACAAAAAAACUUGUGGUCCCCUAGCUGUGGGGGCGAAGUCCUGAUCCAAUUCAGUAGUGCAAAGCCUUUGGGCAUCAUAGCCAAUUCCUGCCUUCUCCAUUGUCUAAAAGCUGAGUUACACUGAGCUAGAGAAGUCGUAGCCUUCUGUUCCAGUAAGAAACACCAUUGCUGCAUGCAACGCUGCAGAAAGGGCCAGGCGCUGCUGGUUCCAGUUCGUGUCCCAUUUCUGCCCCUGACACGCAGGCACUUUGGCCACCGCGCUGCACGCCGAUAUCACGGAACAAAGUUCUCGUGCCUCGCAAGCGGAGGGACUCCCAGAACAAGGCUCUAGGUAUAAUGGGUCACCAAUGUAGAGUAACUUAGGCAUGGGAUAAAAUCUAAUUUGGGGAAAUGUAGAUAGAUUUAAUGUAUGCAAUGUGUUCUAUCAGUGUGAAGCUACAAAUAAAGAAUUUUUAACCUUUA